AUGGCAGUUCGGUCGUUUGUCAGCCGGCCUCGGCUGUAAAUUUUUAGUUAAACCACAAUAUUAAACGCGAAUGUGACUUAAAUUAUAACUUAAAUUAUUCUUUUCUUAUCGAAUCGUAAUUAGCGAGAAGUUCUCGCAUCUACUGUAAGGAAUUUCGAGGACUCUAACCAAUAAAUCAACGCAAAUUACACGAAAAUUAUAAACACGUCAACAAAAAUUUUAAAUUUUUGUUUUGGAAACUACCCUGUUCGUGUUUUGUUUUUCUAAUUAUCUCUACGUGUUUCAAUAUGGGUAUCAUAAUUAAAUAGUGCUGAUUUUAUUUUCGCGUUUAAUUGUUUUCCUGAUUUUUUCCAAUUAAUUAUUUAUUAUUUGCACACAUAUAAAUACCAAUUUUGAGACACAGAGUUUGUUGAAGAUGCUUCCUCUAUCUCACAAGGAUACCCUGAGCAGGGGUUUCGGCUCAAGAAUCAAAGAGAAGAUGUACAACUGGAUUAGACUCAUAUUUGCAGACAAAAAUUCCAGAAAUCUCUUAUUGUUUUUGAUACUCAACUUAACAUUUGCUUUUGUUGAACUAACAUACGGAGUAUGGACAAACAGCUUAGGAUUAAUUUCGGAUUCCUUCCAUAUGUUCUUCGAUUGCACAGGACUGUUGGCCGGAUUAGCAGCCUCGGUUAUUACGAAAUGGAAGGCCAACGAUAAGUACUCUUACGGGUACGUGAGGGCCGAAGUCAUAGCUGGAUUUGUGAACGGACUGUUCUUGUUGUUCAUUGCCUUCUUUAUCAUGUCCGAGGCUGUGGAAAGGGCAAUAGAACCACCAGAGGUUAAACAUGAACGACUGUUUGUGGUGUCGGUGCUAGGUUUCCUAGUGAAUCUGGUAGGAAUCUACGCCUUCCAGCACGGCCAUUCCCACGGAGGCGGCGGUGGCAGCAGUCAUGGCCACUCCCACGGUGGUAAUCACAACCACUCCCAUAACUCGCACGGCCACAGCCACGACCAAUCGGACUUCGAGCUGGCCGGAAACAAUUCUCAGAUCAUGAAAGGUGUCUUCCUGCACAUCAUGGCCGACACCCUCGGCAGUGUGGGCGUCAUCAUCUCAGCCAUUCUUAUGCACAUGUUCGGCUGGAUGAGAGCCGAUCCGAUCUGCUCGAUGUUCAUCGCUGUUUUGAUAGCGCUCAGCGUGCUAGCCUUAAUAAAAGACUCGAUAGUGAUCCUGAUGCAGCGUCAGCCGUACUCCUUGGACAAUGUGCUGCCGCAGUGUUACCAAAAAGUGGUCAGCCUUCCUGGCGUCUAUUCCGUACAGGAUCCACACUUCUGGACUCUCUGCAGUGACGUUUAUGUCGGAGCUAUCAAGCUGGAGGUAUCGAAGAACGUUGACCCCAAAUACGUGGUGUCUCACACCCAGAUGAUUUUCGCGGCCGCCGGAGUUCGGCAACUGUACGUGCAAUUGGAUUAUACCCCGAUGUGAUAUAAAAUUAACAAUUAGCCAAAAGAAAUAUACGAAACGAUGUACUAAAGUAAUUAUCACAAAAAGAGUUGAGUUUUGUUCUAUUUAUACCAUUAUUUUCUUUCCUUUGUUAUUCUUUCAGUCGGAAACAAAAGAGAUUCUUUGUACAAAGCUUUUUUUUUAUUAAAAUAUUGUGAAUUUUUAAGCUAUCCAUUCCAACUAAGAAUAAGGGUUUAUGAUUAAAAUAAAUACAAAAAAAACGUACGUUUUAAAAAGGAAACAGUUCCAGGAAGAGAAUGAUAAAACAGUGCUAAUUUAGCGUAAUAAAUUUUUUUAUUCAU